AUGACCGCCAAAAUCAACCCUCAAUCUGUGCCGCGGUUCAACGCGUCUACUAUGACCAUAGCACCUCUUGAGUCCGGCAGUUACGAGAAGAAGGCCAGCCAUGAGUCGCGAGAUUUGACGCUGAGAGAAAUUCAAACCUGCGGGGUAUUGCAGGAGUGUCCACAUCCGAACAUUUGUGGCUACCGUGGUGUAGUUGUCAACAAUGGUUUGGUGACCGCACUGAUGUUCGAUCGCUACGACAUGAACCUUCGCGAAUUUCUCUACAGUCAGAGGUCAAACAACAUGGAUAUCCCAAAAUGUAUUCAGGAGAUCAAGAAUGGCAUCGACCACAUACAUUCCCUGGGGUUGGUGCAUUGCGACAUCAAGCCAGACAAUAUCUUCGUCCACUUAGCAAGCGCGCGAUUUGUCGUUGGGGACUUCGACUCUGUCCAUCGAGAAGGCCAGCGACUGACUCUCAAAACUGGCACAGAAGGAUGGGCACCUCUCGAAGCAGACACAAACGAUUUAGCGCGGCGUGAAAUCGACAUCUACGGCCUAAAAAUGAUUCAGGCGUGGUUGGAGAGGAAAUUGGACUCCGUGACCGGCGAGCGCUGGUUUGCAGAAACUAAACACCCCCUCGAACGAGGCCAGCGCUCCGAUCCCUGGAAAUGGGACACACCACCACGUGUCAUUAACCUCGGGCGCAUAUACCCAACCUACAUUCCCUCCAUCAUGACGGUAGCAAUCCGCGAGGGCGCCUCGUACCUCAAAGAGGUCGACUUGCAGAAGCUUGGUGCGCGAUUGUUUGCUGGCGCGCCCCCCGCUGAAAUCACGUUGCGAGAGAUCAUAGUGUGCGAGAUGCUGCGGAAGAAUUCGCAUCCGAGUCUCUGCGCGUAUCGCGGCGUUGUGGUGAAUGAGCAGGGUCUGGUGUCUGGUCUGGUGUUCGAGCGGUAUGACUGUACUUUGAUGCAGCUUGUACGCGGACAUCAACAAUUCGACGCGAAAGAGUGCUUUCGCGCUGUGGAGAGUGGGGCCAAGCAUUUACAUGCGCUUGGGUAUAUUCAUUACGAUCUGAAGCCUGAAAACAUAUUCUACGACAUGCGUAGCAAACGCUUCGUCCUGGGCGAUUUCGACGCUGUUCAGAAGAUUGGCGUGCGUCUGCACCUCAAGCAUGGUGCCAUGGGCUUCAUACCUGAAUACACAAGGACUGAUCUAGCUCGUGUUGAGUGCGACUGGUAUGGGCUUGAAGUGCUGAAAUUCUGGCUGGAGAAGAAAGGUAAUGGCAAAGCACGCAGAUUUGAUAUGCUACCAUCAACCACCGAGAUCCUAGAAGAGGUAACCAAGGUGAUGCAAGAGCGCUAUGCUCAAAAUUGA